CAUCUUACGAGUUCCGCCCACUAUUUGGAUUGAAGUGUUUCUGCAGAUCGAUAGAUUUCACUGCACCUAUCAGAUUCCACUGAUUCAUUAUGUGAAUCAUCCGAUAUUAUGAGACGUUCUUUCACUCACCAAUCACAACACUCACAGUCUCCCACAAAUGAACGAAGAAAUCGUGAUUAUUGUAAUUAACCAAUUACAACAAUAACUGUGACUGUUUUUUGUGGUAUAAAUAAGCGAACGAAAAGUCAGUUGCCAUAAGAAGAUGGUCUACUUUGCAUACAGCCACAUAGCUUUUGUCACUCUGUUGACAUUUGCAGCCGUGAACGCAGGUGAACCGUGGAGUAAACGGGGCAUGAUACAUGUGUUUAACCAUCAAGAUAUAAGCGGAGUCGCUCCGAAGGUGAAGGCUGCAAUAAAGGAAGUACAAGAUCGUAAAGACAAGAUUCUCAGUCAAAAUGAAAGCUUACAAGGAGGAAUAGAAAAGUAUAUGAACUGUCUGCAAACUGCAUACGAAUACGACUGGGGAGAGGCCGCGUUAACCGAGAUCGCAGACCGUCUCGCCAGCGCAUAUGACCCCGCACUCAAAGCAACAGAGGAGUGUUGCCGACAUGAAGCAGUGGAAUAUGCUAGUAAGAAAGCGGCGUUCCCUUUAAAGAAUUGUUUCAAAAAUAUGCCUCCGGCGCCUCACGAAGAUCUGCAUCAACUGAAUAGGCUAACCGGAAUACUUUACGACCACAUGCACUGGGUUGCCAAGGAUAUUUUCUACAGGAAUCUAGCAGCAACCCAAAGGGGUGGUUGACAGAAAAUUGAAGACAAGUACCAGGAUGAAUUUCAAAGUCGGCGUAACACUGAAUACAUGUAGAUUGUAGAAACUUUCGUAAAUAUUUCAUUUUAAAUUAAAGUAAUUAAAUAAAUCUUUCAUUUGCU